AUUUGUAUGAUGUAACAUUUUUCUUUCCAAUUUGUAUUCACUUAACAAGAAAAAAUUGCUAAUUUGUAUAUAAAAUAAACGCAAGCGCACAAUAAAAAACGAUUGGAGCCAGUUGAUAAACCGACAAACACGUUUAACAUUUUCGUCCACCUCCGCUCCAAUAUGACCAAUCUGGAACAUUUUCGUCGCUUGUGUCAUGCUCAUUUAAACAACUACCCAGUUAACACAUUUACCAAUUGUACUCGUAUGGCUAACGUAAUCGCUUGGAACUGUAAUCCGAAAGAUCCCACUUCAUAUUAUUGGAAUGAUAAGGUAAUUACAAAUGACCUAACAAACGGCCGUCGAAUCAUCGAUCAUACUAGUACGACGGCGUGCCGCGUUGAUGUGUCCAUGCCAAACACUGAGUCCGCAUCGACGGCUAUUACUACAGUUAGUCAGAACGUUGAAUACAACUUAAACACCGACUACACCAGUUCAGAGAUAUGCUCAGAAAAAACAAUUAAAUGUACAUCGGCGCCGCGCAGAUACAACGUGAAAUCAAGGCAGUAUCCUUCCAUCACAUCGCCAGAACACAAUGGUAACAAUUCUGUGACAACGAUACACUCUACCACGAAAUAGAAAAUACGACCUUAUUAAUUUGCUGGAUAUGGUGGUUCACGUUCACUGGUGCUUGCAAGAAAGACUAUGUGUUCAAGAUGUUCAAAUGUUAUGACUUUAUAUACUGAUCAUAAAAUACUUAUGUUUAUGUUUUUUUUUUUUUUUUUUUUUUGUUUCGUUUUUCAAAUAACAAUUAAUGAGUUACAUUAUUUAAAAGUUGUCACUCAUACAAUAUUUUCAGAAUUGUUUUCAAUAACGUAAUUAUUAAAUAUUAUCCUAUGUAAUGUUCGUGUUAAUAAUAAAUAUUGUACAUAACUUA